AUGGCUUCGUCGAGUGGAAAUUCUUCAGGGUCUACACAGAUUCAGAACUCUGGUUCUGAAGGAGAUUUGCAGCAGUCGAUGGAUCAAAGGAAGAGGAAGAGAAUGCAAUCGAAUCGAGAAUCGGCGAGGCGAUCCCGAUUGAGAAAGCAGAAGCAUUUGGAUGAUAUGAUGGCUAAAGUGACUGAGUUGAAGGAUGAAAAUAACCUGAUUCUUACAAGAAUAAAUGUCACCACACAGCACUACAUGAAUGUGGAGGCUGAAAACUCAGUCUUGAGUGCUCAAAUGAUGGAACUCAGCCAAAGACUGCAAUCCCUCAAUGAAAUCCUUAAUUACAUCAACAGCAACACAGCCACCGUCGCUGCCACUACUGCGGCGGCGGCGGAGCCAGCCACCAACUGCAUGUUCCAGGCUGAGGAGUUUCAAGGGUUUUAUGAUGGCUUCUUGAACAAUCCAUGGAAUUUAAUGUACCUUAAUCAACAACCAAUCAUGGCCUCAGCUGAUAUGUUUGAUUAUUAA